AUGAAGUCCGUCACCGUCGCCACCGCUCUCGCAUGCGCGGGCAGCGUCUCCGCCUUCUGGCGCAUGCCAUGUCGCUCCGUCACCGGAUACGGUCGCCUCGACCCUCUGGUCAACCCGGGCAGCAUCUCUGACCACGUUCACGCCAUUCACGGUGGUGGAGGUACGAUUGACUACCCAACGAGACUUGGCAUGUGAAUUUCAGAUGCUAAUCAUUCCAACAGCAUUCGGUGCCAGCACCGACUUCAAGGCGCUCACCGCCGACGGUACUUGCACGUCCUGUGAGGUCACUCAGGACCACUCCGCCUACUGGACUCCCAGCUUGUACUUCCAGUACAGCAAUGGUACCACCGUCAUGGUGCCACAGGUUGGCGGCAUGCUCGCGUAAGGCUAUCCCGUCAUCACGUGCUUAUCGACGAGUCACUGACACCCUCCAGCUACUACCUCUACUACCUCGAAGACGUCGUUGCUUUCCCCGAGGGCUUCGCCAUGAUCGCUGGAAACCCCACGUACCGUAACUUCACUGGUGAUUUCCCAGAUGCCCCCCUGAGCUCGUGGCCAACAGACCCGACCGAUCAAUUCUUCCUUCAACAGCGUGCUCUUGGUUUCAACUGCCUGAACUACGCCAAGACUCCAGAGGCUUCCCUCUACCGCCACACUUUCCCCGAGAAGUCGUACAUGGACGCCAACUGCCUCGACGGCCUCCGCCUCGAGCUUGCUUUCCCAUCCUGUGGCAAGAAGGGUGUCCUCGACUCCUCUGACCAUCGGUCACAUGUCGCGUACCCCAGCUUGGUGAAAGAGGGCAACUGCCCCGAAGGCUUCGAUGUCCACUACCCGUUCAUCUUCUUCGAGACCAUUUGGGCCACCGAGAACUUCGCCGGUGAGGACGGUCAGUUCUUGCUCUCUACCGGUGACCCUGUCGGAACAAGCUACCACGGUGAUUUUAUCAUGGGUUGGGAAUCCGCCGACUUCCUCCAGAAGGCCCUGGACACUUGCCAGAACCAAUCUGGUGAGAUCUCCGACUGUCCACUCUUCGACAUCCAGGCGGACUCGGAAUGCGCCAAGUGCACGUUCGACGUACCAGCGGCGAUCGAGGGAGAUGACUGCCACGGGCCUCGCGACGGACUUCCGGUCGACGUGCCCAUUCAGUACGGACCAGAGCCGGCUACCAAGUAUAACGUCGCCGGUGUCAGUGGACAGGCAACAAGCUCCAUCCCGAAGACGUCCGCGCCGGCAACCUACUCGCAAUCAGCGGCGCCAUACUCGCCAGCCAACCCAGCAAGCACCUCGACUGCACAGGGUGGCAUUGUCGCUGGCCAAGGCGAAGCCUCUAAGGCUCACGCUUAUGCUCCAUCUUCGGAAGUCACUUCUGCCCCAGCAUACACUCCGUCUAGCUCCAAAGACGAUUGUGUCAGCACCACCUACAUCACCAAGGGCAACGAGGUCAUUGAGGUGAUCAUCCAGGAGACUGAAGUCACCGUCACAGCCACCGCUCAGCCAACCGCGGCAUCUUCCGCCGAGGCCUACCACAAGCGCCAUCUCGAGAAGCAUCAACACCAUCGCUUCUAG